GUUCCUGCGAUGGAUAAAAGUGCCAUGGGUUGUUUUCUGACUAGCUGCUGCAUCAACUGCAUGAUUGUGGGUUCAUUGUGGGUAACUGAUCGCAUACCCUCAAAGGAAGUUUCAAUGAGCACUUAGUGAACAGGCCGCUCUUUUUGAAAACGUGAUUAAGAUCCACAGAGAAAAUUAUGUUUCCUUCGCCAAAAUACGCCCUAUCACUGUCUAUCACUGUCUUGAUAUUUUAUCACAUUGCAAUUGAACACGCGAUGUUGAGUUCGAGAGAUUUGAUAGAAGAGUCUAUUUUUAUUUGAAUGUGUGGAGCUCAACACGUCUGCAAGCGUGUGUCAGCAUUUGCAGGAAUUGUUGUCUUCCGAGGUGAAAAUUAAAUGUGAUUCCUGUCUUCCACACAAUCACGGGGUGGCAGUAUGCUACCACGUAAGGCAUUUAACGUUGAAGCGCACAUGCCGAGCCCGCCCAUUCAAUCUUGAGGCUGGUGAUUAUACAGCAUUCAGCUGACACAUUUGGACGAACCCACGUUGAUCCUUUCAUGUUCGUUCGUACUUUCGCGCUUUUUUAGUUGAACAGCGAAAAAGGGAGUUGUGGGUGCUGUUAUUUUGCAGUCUGCAAUGACGAAAAUAUACUAGAAAGACGGGGACAUUUUGGACAUGUUUGGAUCUCUAUUUUGGUCGCUCGACAUGGAACAAAGAGGACGGGAGCGCCGGCCUUUGCUCGGAGUCUUGGCUUUGUUUUUAUGCGUCCGUUCUGCUUCCCCACAGCACAGAUAUUCCAUAUCUGAGGAGCUCAAUGAGGAGACUUUUGUUGGGAAUGUUGCGAAGGAUUUAGGAAUAGACCUGGCUUCAAUAAAGCAGAGGGGCUUCCGCAUUAUGUCCAGCUCGAGUGAGCAACUCUUUAAGGUAAAUGAGAACGACGGCGCCCUUUAUGCAAACCGUAAAAUUGACCGAGAGGAGGUUUGUAAGGAGAGUAAUGCGUGCCUGAUUAAUCUUAAAACCGUACUCGACAACCCACUGGAGGUGCAUUAUAUCACCGUGGAAAUAAUAGAUAUAAACGACCACACCCCCACGUUCCCGGAGAAGACAAAAAGACUGGAAAUAGUCGAGUCCGCUUUGCCGGGUGCUAAAUAUCAGCUGCAGAAUGCAUAUGACCCGGACGGCGGUCUAAAUUCGGUGCAACAGUACAAAAUCAGUCAAAACGACUACUUCCGCUUGGAGGUGAAAGACCGAGGUCGAGACGGCAAAACGCCAAUUUUGCAGUUGCAGAGGCAGCUUGACAGAGAGAACAAACGCAACCACAAACUGGUGCUGACAGCCAUAGAUGGGGGUACACCCCCAAAAACGGGCUCGGUUGAAAUCCUCAUCGAGGUUCUAGACGUGAACGACAACAUGCCGGUGUUCACGAAAGAGUCUUAUUCGGUAACGCUGCAAGAGAACGCCCCGGUGGGCACGACUGUCAUUCAAGUUAAUGCAACGGAUUCGGAUUUCGGCUCCAACGGGGAAAUUGUCUAUUCGUUUGGAAGUGACGUCAAAGAAAAAAUUAGACAAUUAUUUGACAUAGAUUCUGUCACUGGGGAAAUUAUUGUGAAGGGCAACGUUGAUUAUGAGGAGCAAGACGGUUAUGACAUUGACAUCCAGGCAUCGGAUAAAGGAAAUAUUCCAUUUAAAACAGAUAAAAGUGUAAUUAUUAAAAUUAUUGAUAUGAAUGAUAAUCGUCCGGAGAUAGAAGUCACGUCUUUGUCUCGCGCAGUUUCCGAAGACUCGAGACCCGGGACAACAGUAGCUCUCAUCAGUGUUCAGGAUUUAGACUCUGACCUUAACGGCAAAAUAAUAAUUAAUGUUUCCGAAGAGUCCCCUUUUAUGUUAACUGCAUCUAUGCAGGAUAACAUGUUUGCUGUUGUAACUAAGUCCCAGCUUGACAGGGAGCAGAAACGGGCAUACGAUAUAACGAUAAUUGCUCAAGACUCGGGUGAACCAGUUCUUACCUCCAAACAGACGAUCAGUGUUUUUUUAUCCGAUACAAAUGACAACAGGCCGGAAUUUUUACAGAAUCCUUACACGUUCUACAUUGGUGAAAAUAAUAAACCGGGGGAUUCUAUAUUUUGCGUAAAGGCAUUUGAUCGCGACGAAGGUGAAAACGCACUAAUUUCUUAUCACAUUUUGAGGAACACAGCAAAAGAAAAUGGGCACGCAUCAUUUCUGAAUAUUAAUUCUGAAACGGGAGACAUUCUGGCAUUAAAAAGCUUUGACUUUGAAACGCUGAAAAGUUUCCAAUUCCACGUGGUGGCCACCGACGGUGGAAGUCCUCCACUGAGCAGCAACGUGACAGUGAAGGUGUUCAUUCUGGAUCAGAACGACAACGCUCCAGUCAUCCUGUAUCCAGUCAGCUCCAACGGUUCUGCCGAAGGGGUGGAGGAGAUUCCCCGGAAUUUCAAAGUGGGAGACUUGGUGACGAAAGUCCGAGCCUAUGACGCCGAUAUCGGAUAUAACGGCUGGUUGCUGUUUUCGCUGCAGCAAGUCAGCGACCACAGUCUGUUUUCUUUGGACCGCUACACGGGCCAGAUCCGAACACUUCGCUCCUUCACGGAGACUGACGAGGCUGAGCAUCGACUGCUCAUCCUGGUCAAAGACAACGGCAACGUGUCGCUGUCGGCAACAGCCACCCUGACCAUCAAACUUGUGGAGCCCAAAGAGGCUUUCGCAGCUUCCGAUGUGAAAAAUGCAGCAACAGUGGACGAGGAGGACCACAUGACUUUCUAUCUCAUCAUCACUUUGGGCUCGGUGUCGCUCCUUUUUGCCAUCAGCAUCAUCGUGCUGAUCGCCAUGCAGUGCUCCAAAUCCACAGAGUACACUUCCAAAUAUCUGCAAGACGCCAAUUAUGACGGCACGCUGUGUCACAGCAUCCAGUACAGAUCAGGAGACAAGCGCUACAUGCUAGUCGGACCCAGAAUGAGUAUCGGUUCGACCGUAGUCCCGGGCAGCCACGCCAACACUCUGGUGCUCCCUGACAGGAGACACACUUCCGGGGAGGUAAGACUCAAUCUAUUUGUACCUCUGGGUUUCUGUGAAUUGUUACUUUUUUUAAAUGAACAUUUUUGCUUGAGUACUUAAGGUAGAGCCAACAUUUAUUAUUUCAAAAUAAGGUUUAUUUUUGGAGACUUAACAGCACUUCGACCAAAAUGUUAUCAGGCAACCAGGCCCAGUAGUUUAUAGUAGUUUCUUUUCGUAUCUUUGAAUCACAUUGCAAACCAAAUUUUUUUUUUUUUACUACAAACUGUUGACUUCAACUGUUGACAUUUAAAUGACGUUUAAUGAUUCAAAACAAUUAACAUUUCAAAACAAUCGUAAUAUCAUUGAACAUUUUUGAAAGGAUUAAGUUUCUAAAAUUAGAAUAGUUUCAAAUAAAACUAGCUCAAAGUCAUUAACUUCCAAAUCUUAGCAUCAGCAAAAUGCAUCGUACAUUAUUACAUUCGAAAAAAAUAUAAAAUUAUCCCUGCAUUUUUUUUCUUCAAGUUACAUUCCAUCACACGAAAUUGCAUCACAUUUUCAUUUUGCAUCACAAGUCUUUUAUGUAAACUUACAAAACAGUCAUUAAGUAAAAAUUCAUCAUCGUAGAAUAAGUGCAGACAAAAGAGAAUGAAAUCAAUUACCUCCCAGCGGCUAAAGUAGUCAAAUAUUAAUUCCUCAUUUCCAUAACAAAUAAAUAGAUAAAAAAUAAAAUUUCCAUAAAAAUUGAUAGAAUUUAAAACGUGUUUUGUACGUUUGAUUAUAAGACGAGCGGCUUCGUUUUAUUGUAUUUCAAUAAGAUCAGUGGCCCUCAAAUCUUUUUUUUUUUAAAUCCAAUUCAAAUGGAUAGUUGACGAACAUACUCGACACGCAGCGCGUUGUUUAUUUCUUAAUAAAUUAUGCUCCAUACCUUUAUUGUCGUUUGUGGUUGACGUUGCAACAACGAUUUAGCUCGCAUGGUGUCGGUAUUAUUUCAAAUAUCGUUCUCACAAUGUGUCGCCAACGCGGUGACGUCGGCGCGUGUGACGCCGUUGCACGGAACUGCAUCUUUGUUCGCGCAGUUUCGGCGAAGGAGCGUGACUCGCCCAUCUGACGUGUUUUUUUCCCGUUCCGCUAA